GUGUGCGGCAUUGUGGGCAGAGCGAGGCGGGCCCAGAGGAGGAAAUUGGGGGGGUUACGGGCAAGCAAAGGAAGAGGUAGCAGAAGGAGGAGCGGGAAAAGCGCUGAUAGGGAUGGUGAUGGUGGUGAUGGUGGUGGUGGGGUUGUUCAUGGCGUUGAUACUGGUGAUGGCAAUGGCGAUGAGGAGGAGGAGAGGGGGGAAGAGAGGGAAGGGGGGGAGGAUGAGGAGGAUUGGGUGCUUGACAGUGCGGCUGCUGCUGCUGCUGCAUCUGGCCGUGAGAGUGAGGUUACAGAAGGGUCGCUGCUCCAUGCCAUUCCUCUGCCGGUCGGGCAGCAGGAAGGGGACGAUCAGGGAGCUCUUGCUGUGGUGAGUGGGGAACGGCAAUCAGCAGUGCCUGAGGCGGCACACGAGAAUGCACAGGGAGAAAUGCAGCUGCAAGGGCACAUGGACGCAGCGAGGCAGCAGCAGCAGCAGCAGGUGAUGGUCCAGAGGGGGCAGCUGCCGUACUGCUGGAUGCUGCAGGGCGUGGAGCAGGGUCCCCUCAUGUGUGUGCGCAGGGAUGGUGAGGUGGAGACACGGCUGGCACUGGCAUGCUGGCCAGAGGGCCAGUGCAGUGCUGAGAGUGGGUGCUCAGCUGAGAGUGGGUGCAAGGGAGGAAGCGAAUGCAGGCGUGAAAGCGUGGUAGCUGCGAUUGCUGACGAGGGUGCACGGCGUGUAAAGGGAGGACAGGUGAUUGCAGUGAGGGAGAAGCAGCUCCAGCCGCUGCAGCAGCCACAGCCAGGGCAGCAGCGGCAGGAGCAGCAGCGGCAGGAGCAGCAGGAGCAGCAGCAGGAAAAAGGACAGGCACAGGGACAGGUUGCGGUGAGAGGCGAGAGUGGGUUGGUGGAGGCGAGGAGGUGGGAAGGGAGGGACCCUGCGAGGGUGUGUUGGGAGGGGAGUGAGGAGAGGCGAGAGGUGGUUGAGCUGGCAGAGAGAAUCACACAAGAGGCUAUCAAACGAGGCACUCUGGAUAAUACCCAUGCCCCACCCACGGCUGUAGCGCUCUCUGCCUCCCAUGCUACUGCUGGCGUAGCUACAGCUGGUGCAUCAGCCACUCCUGCAUCCUCGGUUUCCCAGGACGAGGAUUUCCAGAAGCCAGAAUCACACAAACGCCUUGCUUCCAGCACCCCUCCAGUGCAACAGCAAACGGUCUCUGAGCAGCAGAGCAGCUGGCCCUUGACUUCCACACCCACUGAUACUACACCUCCCUUAGCUCCCUUGGGUUCCGUGCUACCCAGAGACCUUGCUUCGAUCUCCCACCGUCUGGACAGUCGAAACCCUCUUCCUGCCUCUCACCGCAUGCACGUUUCGAAGCUUGCUCUGCAUGCACGGUCCUCCACAGCUCCUGUACUGGUGGGCCCAGUGCAGCAGCAGGAACCCACACUGCCGUCUGAGGUGCCUUCACAGCACGAGAACCACCCAGCAGCAUCCCACAUCCCCUCCUCCACCGCCCACUGCUACGAGCUGCUCAAACCCCUUCCUGUUGCUGCUGCUACGUCUCGCCCCUCCCUUGUGCCUCUUUGGCAUGACCGUGCGGCCUCUGGGCGUAACCGCGCUCGGCGCAAUUCUCCCCAGUACCUCGACUCUGGUUCAUCAGGACCAUUCCCAACACGGCGUUUUAGGGAGGCUCAGCACGGCGCAGCCCUGCCUGCUGCCUCCCCUUCCCAUCCCCAGGCUGUAGGAGGCAGCGCCGCAGCGGCUGGGUCUGCUGCUGUUGUUCCUCCAACCCUGAGUCGCUGCUCGGUGCCGCUGCUCCUACCAGGCCUCCCUGGAAAGAGCGGCAUGGGAAUGGAAAAGGAGAGAGGUGGGAGGGAGGGGUUGGUGGUUGGGGAUGGGGUGGAGGAUAGGGGGGUGAUGGAUAAAGGGAGUUCCAAGAAGGUGAUAGGGGACAGGGAGGAGAUGGAGGAGGGGAGUUUGAGGGAGGAGAGAGGUGUGGAAGGGGACGAAUGGGGGGAUGUUGAUGUGGCAGACAGCAAUUGGACGAAGCACCAGAUGGGAUUUGCUCAGCGCAGGUACGUGCUGCAGAAGAACUUUGCAAGAGGGGGGUUCGGAGAGGUGUGGCUGGGUGUGAGGAGGGACCCCUGCCACCGGCCCUCCAGUGCCCACCGGCCCUCCAGUGCCCGCCGGCCCUCCAGUGCCCGCCGGCCCUCCAGUGCCCGCCGGCCCUCCAGUGCCCGCCGGCCCUCCAGUGCCCGCCGGCCCUCCAGUGCCCGCCGGCCCUCCAGUGCCCGCCUGCCCUCCAGUGCCCGCCUGCCCUCCAGUGCCCGCCUGCCCUCCAGUGCCCGCCUGCCCUCCAGUGCCCGCCUGCCCUCCAGUGCCUGCCUGCCCUCCAGUGCCCGCCUGCCCUCCAGUGCCCGCCGGCCCUCCAGUGCCCGCCUGCCCUCCAGUGCCCGCCUGCCCUCCAGUGCCCGCCUGCCCUCCAGUGCCCGCCUGCCCUCCAGUGCCCGCCUGCCCUCCAGUGCCCGCCUGCCCUCCAGUGCCCGCCUGCCCUCCAGUGCCCGCCUGCCCUCCAGUGCCCGCCUGCCCUCCAGUACCCGCCUGCCCUCCAGUGCCCGCCUGCCCUCCAGUGCCCGCCUGCCCUCCAGUGCCCGCCUGCCCUCCAGUGCCCGCCUGCCCUCCAGUGCCCGCCUGCCCUCCAGUGCCCGCCUGCUCUCCAGUGCCCGCCGGCCCUCCAGUGCCUGGCUGCCUGCACAUCCCCCACCCCCACCUCCUUCUGCUGCGAAAGCGGCUGUCAGUUUAGGUGCAGGAAGCAAGUAUGGAUCAACAGGUCGGGACAGUGUUGCGGUUGAGAGGGCUGCGGGUGGUAGGGGAGAGGAGGAAGGUGAGCUUAUGAAGGAACAUCUGGGAGUGCGGUAUUCAGAGUGGCAAGAACAGGUGGAGGGCGAGAAGGAGGAAGAGAAGGUGAAAGAAGGGCAGGAGGGGAAGGAGAAUGGGGAGGAGGUGAAAGAGGAGGGGGAGGAGGAGAAAGAGGAAAGGGAGGAGGAGGAAGGGGAAGGGGAGGUGGGAGAGGAAGAAGAGGAGGAAGAAGAAGAAGUGGAGGAGGAAGGGGAAGGGGAGGUGGCAGAGGAGGAAGAGGAGGAGGAGGAAAAAGAGGCGGAUGUCCCGCCACUGUUCGUGCUCAAGCGACUUCUGAAAGAAGAGGGUGUUCCCCCUCCACUCCAAAACUCAUUCCUCCCCCUCUUCCCUUUCGAGGCGAGGGAGGGUGCUCGACUGAGUGGGCUGCGAGAGAAGUACUUUGGGGAGAUGCUCCUCAACGCGACCAAUCUGGUGCUGCCACGUGGCGCCCGUCGUCAUCAUGGCAAAGGCGACAAGAGGGAUGGUGCUAUUGGUGGCUCUGAAGUCCUUACGGGCUACGUGGAUGGUGAUGUGCAUGCUGACGUGGAUGCUGACGUGGAUGCUGACGUGGAUGAUGACAUGGAUGAUGACGUGGACAUCAAUGUGAUGGAUGAUGUGGACGAUGAGCUGGUCGAUGCGAUGGGUCUGCAUCACAUCGCACGCUACGUGGAGUCCUUUGAAACUACGAUUGCCAGUGGCAGCGGCGGUGGCGGCGGUAGCAGCGAUACCCCCACCACCGGUGGUGAUGCUGAUGCUGACUUAAGUGCAGGUGUGGGAGGCGAUAAAGGGCGGAGAGGGGAGCAGCGGGGGAAGGGGAGGAAGGCUUUUGAGUCGACUCAAAAGGAGGCAAGUAAUGAGCAGAGCAAGGAUCUGUGGCUGGUGUUUGUGCACGAAGGGGUGUCCCUCUCCUCCCUGCUGUACACGAGUGAUGCUGAUGAUGAGGAGGGAGGCGGGGAGGAGCUGCUGGGGCUCGCCGCGUUGCAAGCGCGCAACAUAACCCACAGGGACAUCAAGCCAGCUGUUGACCCGCACUCUGUUCGCUUCCUCUACGGCCCAACAGGGCCCUCCAGUGCAGAGGAAACAGAACUCUACUCGCCUCCAGAGGUUCUGCUGCUGCCACAGAGCCUCCCAAGUGCCGGAGGUACGGAGGAAGCUGCGGGUGCAUCUGGAGAAGCAGGGACAGCAGCAGGGGGAGGUGCGACAGGGGGAUGCGCAUCUGGGGGAGGUGUUGACUGCACGAGGAACAGCUCCAGUAGUAGCUGCUUCCACGUCAGCAGCAGGAUGCACUACGGAUCAGCCCCUCCGUCCACUCUCCUGAGCCCUUCCCCUCCCCCUUGGAACUCAGGCGCUGCUAGAUCGCUCCUUGCAAGCAGCCCGGUGGCCCGAGUCUACCCGGCGAACAGCCUUCUUGCACCUUUUUCUUCUCACUCCCCUGACGGCCCCCUCCUCAGCUUGCGCGCAUGGAUGGAACUCUGCAUCUUUACGCCUGCAGUCUUUGAAGCGGCACCAAAUGAGGGGGCGUCUGUAGCAGCGGAGGAGGAGGAGACGUCUGUAGCAGGGCAAGAAGAGGAGGAGCUGUUGGUAGCAGAGGAAAACGAUGGGCUGUCUUUAGCACAGAAGAAGGAAGGAACGCCUGCAGCAGGAGAAGAGGAGGGGGAAGUGAGGAGGGAGGAGGGUGUGGAGGGUGGAGCAGGCGCGAAGACCAGAGGUGUGAGCGACUUGCUGAGGCUGCGUCAACCGCAUGUGGAGCAUGCUCAUCCCCAGGGAUCGGCUGUAGUGGGUGCUGAUUCACAGGAGGAAUAUGCUACAGCAGGUGCACUUCCGCAGGAAAGUGCAGUGGGGGUGGCAGAGGCCCCCACUGCGUCUGCCUCUGCUGCCACUUUUCAUGUCCCUUGUUCUACUAGAAGAGUUGCAGCAUCCAGCACAGCAGGCCAGAGGGGUCGCACUGCGGACAGCGGCAGGGGCGAAGAGAGAGAAGCAGGAGAAGGCCACAGGGGGGUUGGGGAGGCCGAUGAACAUGGAGAGAACAAUGUGGGUGGGCAGGGCAGUGACUCCGUGCAUGGAAGUGGGGCUUCUUGUGGGGAGGCUGGUGGCAGCAGCAGUCCCAGUGGUCAUGGCAGCAGUGGGAGUGGUGCAGAGGGGUGGAGUGUGGUGGCGCCGUGGGAGUGCAGCGAGGCCAGCAUUGCAGCACAGCUGAAGCUGAGGGACCCGCUCAAGAAAGGCAUUUGGGCCCUUCGACUGCUGCGGCGAUUGCUGCAAUGGUACCCCUGUGAGCAGUUGGACGCGACCGACCACGUGCGCCGCUCCUCCGCCGCCGCCGCUUCCGCCUCUAGCGCGACAGCGGGCGAGCGUAGGGACAGUGCGAUCCGCGUGCUAGCGGAGUCCAUUCUCGUCGGCUGCCCCGCGCGCCACUCCUUCGCCUUCUCCUCCGCAGGAGCGGACACCGCAGCUGGUGCCGGCGGUGCUGACGGCGCGUAUGGAAACAACCAUGGCGGCGCGCGUCGCUCGUCCAUGUCGUCGUUCUCCUUCCGCCCGCGCGGGUCUUCUUCCUCCUCCUCCUCCGCGUCAGGGGGGCGCGGCUCCUCCUCCUCUGCCUCAGGGGGACGAAUCUCCGCGUCUUCCGCGCGUUCCCGCAGCUCCUCCGCGUCGUCGUUCGCCUUCCCCGCGCUCGCCUCUCUCCCCGCAUCAUCGCGACCCUCGGACAGCUCGCUGUUCACUAUCGCGGAAGCUCUUACCGAGUCACAGCCGGCCUCUCAGACGACGGUGCCUUCCUCUUCUGACGGUCAGGUUUCUGACAGUGAGGUCGCCGGCAGUCUUGGAGAAACGGCCGGGUGCGGUGAUGCGGCGGCGAAGGCGGCGGUGGACGGCAGUUUGCCGCCCGACCUGAGCGGGUUGAGCAACGGGGAGCUGCUAUUGAUCGCGGCGAGCCGCAUCGCGUUGCUCACCGAGUCGCUGAGCGAGUCGCGCACGAUCAACGAGGAGCUGAUGAAGGAGAAGGACGCGGCGCUGUCGCUCCUGAUGGACACGCAGCGCAAGCUGACGGAGGCGACGACGCGCGCCGUGCUGUCGAUGCCACGUGUCAACAGCUCGUGCGAUCUCGCCGGGCUCGCCGUUGGCGGAGGUUUUGGUGGGCACGUCAGCUCGCCGCCGUCGUCGCCUGCUGCCAAGUCGACGGUUGCCACGUCAGCGACAGCAGGGUCAACGGGGCUGACGGGGCAGAAGGGGAAGGUCUACCUGGACGAUGACGACGACAUGGACUACGACGAAUCGGACGACGAAUGCGACGUCGCUCGCAGGCCCGUCGCGCCUGUCGCACUGGACGCACGUGUUGCGCCAGUCGCACCUGUCGCAGCAGUAGCUCAGUCGGCGGAGAGCGAGGAAGCGGAGUAUGCGCACUUCCUUGAGCGGAAGGUCGCGGAGCUGCAGGCUGCGCUGUCGCAGGCGGAAGGUGCGCUGGAGUCCGCGCGCGCGGAACGUGAAGCCUUGGCGGAAGGUCAGGAGCGCGCGGUUUCCGCCGCAAUCGCGGACGCCGCGGCUUCCGCGGAGCGCGCGCGAGCGCGGGAGGUCGAGCUGAUGGUGGCGCUGCGGGCGGCGGAGGGGGAACUCGCGGCCGAGCGCAGGCGCCACGUGGUGGAGGUCGAAUCGCUGAAGGAAGAACUAGCCACGGCGCGUCGGGAGAAGGAGGGGUAUUUAACGAGUAUGGAAGAAAUGGCGCGGGUGCUGGAUGUGCAGCGGGAGGAGCGGGAUGUGAUAAUAACGAGGUUAGAAGCGGAGAAGGCGGAAAUGGUGGGUGAGCUGAUGGAUGUGAUUGUAGAGGCCGUGGCUGCAGCGGGCGUUGCGAGUGUAGCUGGUAACUUGGUUACUGCAGCUGCGAUGGAGGACUGGAAGGAUAGCGCUCCUGUGAUGGCUGUCCGUCGCGCUGAGCUGUUGGUUGUAGAUUCUGCUGAGCUGGAACCGGUUCUCGCUGACGUGGAAACUGCAAAAGAGGCGUUUGCUGACGUGGCAGCUUCUGCUGGCGUGGCGGGGAUGGGUGACGUGGCGGAUAAGGAAAUUGUGGCAGCUGAGAUGGCCCUGGGGGAGAAAUUUGGAGAAUCCAGGCAAGAGGCUGUUGUUGGGGCAGGGCGAGGAGGGGAGGAGAGGGGAGCGCGAGGGAGUGAGGAGAGGGGAAGGCGAGGGGUUGAGGGACAGGGAAUAUGGAGGGAGGGGAUGAGAAUGGGGCAGGGCGGGGAGGAGGGAGAGGGGGAGCAGGAGGGGUAUGCAUGGCAAGCGUUUCGGGCUCUUAUUGAUGGUGGUGCUAUGCCGGGUGACUAUACCGAGGUUGCAGGGGUGGAGACGAGCAGUGGCAAUACAGGCACUGCAGGGGACUUUAUCAGAGGUGAUAUUACCAGAGGUGAUUCUAUCGAGGGGGACACCAGUGAGGUGGAUGUGAUGCAGAGAAGACGAAGGAUGUCGGCCGGAAGGAGGCGGUGGUGGGACCGGGGGGUGAUGGAGCGAGUGAGGGCGUGGGAGUGGCGUGGGGGCAGGCAGAGGGGAGGAGGGCGGGAGGAUGGGAGAGCAGAGGAGGGAGCAGUGGAGGAGAGGCAGGUGGAGCAGGAGGAGGAGGAGCAGAGGCAAAUGCAGGAGAGGGAGUGGGAUACGGCGGAAGGGCGUGGAGAGAGGGAGCAGGGAAUGUGGGAGGUGGGCGAGCCUGCUGCGAGGGGGAAUUACAGAAGGGGUGCAGAUGUGGGAGGAGCAAGUGGUUUUAUUGGGGAUGAGGCAUGGAGUGAGCAUGCGAUUGGGGGGGGAGUGGUGGAGGGGGAGGAAGUGAGGGAGAGGGGGAGAGUGAUGAGGAUACUUGAUGAUGAUAAGGAGAACGUGGAACCUGCUAUGGGAUUGGACAUCUAG